AUGAUUCAUAGUUUAUUUAUUAUUAAUGAAGCAGGAGAUGCUUUUAUGGAAAAACAUUGGAAAACAGUUGUAAGUAAAUCAAUCUGUGAUUAUUUUUAUGAAGCUCAAAAAAAAUGUGUUAAUCCUGAAGAUAUUCCACCUGUUAUUGCUACACCUCAUCAUUAUUUGAUAAAUAUAUAUCGAAAUAAUCUUUAUUUUGUUGCUGUACUUACUAAUGAAAUUGCACCACUUUUUGUUAUUGAAUUUCUUCAUCGUAUAAUGGAUUUAUUUGAAAAUUAUUUUGGUGAAUGUACAGAAAAAUCAGUUAAAGAUAAUUAUGUUAUUGUUUAUGAAUUAUUAGAUGAAAUACUUGAUUCUGGUUUACCAUUAAUUACAGAAACAAAUAUACUUAAAGAACUUAUUAAACCACCAAAUUUAUUACGUAAAGUUGCUCAUUUUGUAACUGGAGAUAGUACAAAUACUACUCUUCCAUCGAAACAAUUAUCGAAUAUUCCAUGGCGUCCAUUUGAUGUUUCUUAUAGAAAUAAUGAAGCUUUUUUUGAUAUAGUUGAAGAAAUCGAUGCUAUUAUUGAUCAAAAUGGUACAAUAGUUAUGUCUGAAAUUCAAGGAUAUAUUGAUUGUUGUAUAAAAUUGAGUGGUAUGCCAGAUUUAACAUUAAAUUUUGUAAAUCCUAGAUUACUUGAUGAUAUUAGUUUUCAUCCAUGUGUACGAUUAAGAAAAUGGGAAAGUGAACAUGUUCUUUCAUUUAUUCCACCUGAUGGCAAUUUUCGAUUGAUUUCUUAUCAUAUUGCAACACAAAAUACUAUAUGUAUGCCAAUUUAUGUAAAACAUCAUAUACAAUAUCGUGAAGGUAGUUCAGGACGAUUUGAAUUGACUGUUGGACCAAAACAAACAAUGGGCAAAUCUCUUGAAAAUGUUAUUAUUGAAUGUACAAUGCCAAAAAGUGUACUCAAUUGUACAUUAACACCAUCUCAAGGUAAAUCAACAUUUGAUCCUAUAAAAAAAAUUCUUAUUUGGAAUAUUGGUACAAUCGAAACUAAGACACAAAAUUCAGCACAUUUACCAACAAUACGUGGUAAUAUUAUUCUAGUAACUGGUCAACCAAUACCUGAAUCAAAUCCAAUAUUAAAUAUUUCUUUUCAAAUUAAUCAACUAGCUAUAUCAGGAAUACGUGUACAACGUGUUGAUAUGAAUGGAGAAAUAUAUAAACCAUAUAAAGGAGUUAAAUAUAUUACAACAGUAAAAAAAGGUCGUUUUCAAAUUCGAACAUAA